AUGUUAUCGAUGAAUGUCAUAUUUGAGCGUCUUCAAUUAGCAUUUCCAAACGAAGCAAAACGUUCUUUCAAAGCAGCGCUGAUCAUUAUUAAUGCUGCACAUUUUAUACCAGCAAGUUAUAUUCGUCCACUACCUCCACCAUGUACAAGUGAAGAAAGAUUGGAUUUCAUAUCUUUUUUUUUGAACAAGGAAACAGGUAUUGAAUAUACAUGUAAUGAAGUUCUUAUUGCUCACAACGUUUUGAUGGGUAAUCAUAAUACACGAGUCGAACUUACUUUCGAUUGUAAUAUCGAAAAAAUGAAUCAGUAUCUGGAUGAAUAUAAAAAUAUUCAACCUCAGUCUGGAUUUGCAAAAAGUUUUACUCUUAUUUCACUUCUUCCAUAUCGAACGACUUGUGCUUUGUGUUAUGAACAGUUGAAGACUAUUUUCCAUGGUGCUGGUAACAUUAUCUAUUGCACGAAAAUCCAACCUUGUCUUUUAUACAAGGCUGAUUGUCACCGAUGUCAUCGAUCAUAUCGAGUAUCUUCCAUUUAUUCAAUUGAUCGAAAAGAAACACUUAUAACAUCCGAUUCACAAAAAGCUGAUUAUAUACAUUAUUCAGGAUCACUUGUCUUUGCAAAGGAAUUUCUUAUCGCAUUCUCAUCUCAACUGAUUGACAACUACGUUACUUUCGAAGGUUUUGCGUCUGCAACUGCGAAGAUGUUCAGAAGACUUUGUCCAGACAUCGUCGAUAUUGUUACAAUAGAUACUUUAGCUCGUAAUUUGCAAUCUGUUUGGCUAUAUUAUGAAUUAACUAAUUUCAUUUUUAUGACAAGUAAAUUGAAAGAAAUUUCAUAUCCAUAUGCAAUAGCUGAAAGUAGAACAAAAGUGAAAUAUAAUCAAUCAUCACGCGCAAUAUUUAUCGAACGGAAUCUGAACUGGAUCUAUCAUAUAUUUACUGUUUUCUGGUCCAAUCAUGAAGAUAUAUUCGGAAGUUGCAAAUGUGGUUAUUGUUCACGCGUGAUCAUACUCGAUGGCCAUCAGAAACCGAGAAGAUUGGUGUGCAAAUAUGACAAUGUUACAAGUUUGAUUAACAUUGAUGAACUGGGUCCUUUAAACAAAGGUUGCCCUUACAUGCCGCGACGGCGACAAUCAGAUAAGAGAGAAUCAAAUGAUGGUGGAUAUUAUUACUGUGAUCAUCACCGAAUGAAAUACACAGAAGAGCAAUCUAUGAAUAGUAAAUUCUCCGACGAAGAACUUGGGAAUUAUUUAAGUUAUCUUAAGAAACUUGAUCAAGAAGAGUCACAAUGCAAUGUGGGUCGAAACGACAUUGAAGAACGUUUCGAAACGAAAAAACGUUCAAUGGGAUUUAUCGCAUCAUUUCUUAAUUGUGGAAUUAUUAUUGGAUUUUCCGAUAGUGUUAAUCAUGAAGGUCCAAGAAAAAUAACUGAUCAUCUACUAACUAUGUUGAAACUGGGUGCAAAAAUUCCAUCAUUGCUUGUGUACGAUGCCGCUUGUCAGCUGUACAAAUUCUGGCAAUAUCGAUUUAACGGUGAAUACUUGCAGAAAACAAAAUACACACAACAACUGAUGGAAAUGAAACUGGUUACUGAUCGAUUUCACAAUACCGUUCAUAAAGGAAAGCUAUGUAAAACUAUCUUCAAUCCUGAUUCUGAAGAGAACAAGAUUGAUUUCGUAGGAAUCAAUACCAGUUUAGCUGAACAAACCUUUUCAUAUUUAACCAAUUUCAAACUUGCUUUACGAAGUUUCGCGUAUCCAACAUCAGCACUGUUAACGAUUUUAUUGUUUCAUCUGAAAAAUUGUGACAAAUUAAACGAAGAUCCUGCUCAAAUUGGUCUAAUCAUUGGAACUAAUCUUGAAAAUAAGAUUGAAGAUCAAUCAAUGCACCAAACUUAUUGCGUAUUCGAAACAUUGCUACUUGAAGAAUCAAAUAAGGAUGAUAAUCCAGAUGAUGACGACUAUGUUGACCUUAGCGAUCAUGAUGAUAACAAUGAUUAA